UUCCCUGUAUGUAUCAGACUUUGGUGAGAUACUGGGGGAAAUCGAUUUCUUUGGAGUUACAACUUCAUUCCUGUUCUUCUUCUUCUUGACACUUUUUUUUUUACCAAGAAUUGUUCAAUGCAAGAAUUCAAUGAGUCCCAGAGGACGAAUUCAACUGGAAAUCGAAAGAUCAAGAUUCAGAAAACUUUGCGGUCGACAAACUUUGCCGUUCCAUUCCUUCAAUGGUUCAUCCGUUUCUAGUAAUCGGUUCUGGUCGAAGCAUCGCAAUGAUGUGAGCUACAAUCAGCUGCAGAAGUUUUGGUGUGAGCUGACACCACAAGCUCGAAGGAAUCUUCUUAGGAUUGAUAAGCAGACACUCUUUGAGCACGCUCGGAAGAACAUGUAUUUUUCUAGGUGCAAUGGUUUGUUGCUUGAAGGUUUUUUGCAGAUUGUCAUGUAUGGGAAGUCUCUACAGCAGGAUGCAGCCGGUGGCCGCUACAGUGCGAGAGCAACAGACAAUCAAAGUGAUGGAGACCUGUGUAUGGCAAAUGAACGCCAAGAUGAUGCUCAAGAUCCAUCUGUCCAUCCAUGGGGUGGAUUGACUGCGGCCAGGGAUGGGACACUCACGCUCUUGGAUUGCAAUCUUUACUCAAAGUCUUUAAAGGGGCUUCAAACUUGCUUGUGCAAGGGAAAGGGAACGUGAAUUGCUUUAUCCAGAUGCAUGUGGGGGAGGUGGACGAGGAUGGAUAAACCAAGGAAUUGCAGGAUAUGGUAGAGGUCAUGGAACAAGAGAAACAUGUGCUCUUCAUACUGCCAGAUUGUCUGUGGAGACUUUGGUGGACUUCUGGUCUGCGCUUGGGGAGGAGACUCGACACUCUCUUCUAAGGAUGAAAGAAGAAGAUUCUAUUGAAAGGCUCAUGUAUAGGUAUGUUAUGGUGUUUUCUGGCUUUUCCUUUUUGUUUUUUUGGUUUAUUUCAGUCUAGAUUGAUGUCAGCACGUAUAAAGGUUAUUUUACCUUAUCGUUACAGCC